AUGGCCAGGGGCGCGGAGCGAGGUCGCGGGGACGCCGGCUGGGGGCUGCGGGGCGCUCUGGCGGCGGUGGCGCUGCUCUCGGCGCUCAAUGCCGCUGGCACGGUGUUCGCGCUGUGCCAGUGGCGCGGGCUGAGCGCGGCGGUGCGGGCGCUGGAGGCUCAGCAGGGCCGGGAGCAGCGCGAGGACAGCGCCCUGCGCUCAUUCCUGGCCGAGUUGAGUCGCGCGCGCCGCAAGGCGCCGGCUCCUCCCCCGGACCCCGCAAGCGCCGCGCGCAAUAAGCGCAGCCACGGCGGGGAGCCCGCGCCGCACAUCCGCGCAGAGAGCCACGACAUGCUGAUGAUGAUGACCUACUCCAUGGUGCCGAUCCGAGUGAUGGUGGAUCUAUGUAACAGCACCAAGGGCAUCUGCCUGACAGGACCACCUGGCCCACCAGGACCUCCGGGAGUUGGUGGGUUACCAGGACACAAUGGAUCAGAUGGACAGCCUGGUCCCCAGGGCCCAAAAGGAGAAAAAGGAGCAACUGGAAAAAGAGGAAAAAUGGGGCCACCUGGAGCCACAGGAACUCCAGGGGAAAAGGGAGACCCUGGUGAGCUGGGUUUGACUGGAAAUGAGGGCCCACCAGGGCCAAAGGGGGACAAAGGAGACAAAGGGGAUGUGUCCAAUGAUGUGCUCCCCACAGGUGCCAAAGGUGACCAAGGCCCACCUGGCCCGCCUGGCCCACCUGGGCCCCCAGGCCCUCCAGGUCCCCCAGGACCCCCCGGAAGCAGAAGAUCUAAAGGCCUACGGCAGCCAAACAUGUUCAAUGGCCAGUGCCCAGGGGAGAUGUGCGCCAUACCAAAUGAUGAUACCUUGGUUGGAAAAGCUGAUGAGAAAGGCGGGGAACACCAUUCUCUGCAAGCAGAAUCCAUGAUCGCUUCCAUUGGAAAUCCAACACAAGUACUGAAAGUUAAAGAGACAUUUGGGACUUGGAUAAGAGAGUCUGCUAACAAGAGUGAUGAGCGGAUCUGGGUGACUGAACAUUUCUCAGGCAUCAGGGUGAAGGAAUUCAAAGACCAACCCUCCCUGUUGAAUGGCAGUUACACUCUCGUGCAUCUCCCAUAUUAUUUCCAUGGCUGCGGGCAUGCCGUUCACAACAACUGUCUCUACUACCACAAAGGAGGCUCCAACACCAUAGUGAGAUUUGAAUUUGGCAAAGAAACAUCCCAAACUCUGAAACUUGAAAAUGCCCUGUAUUUUGAUCGAAAAUACCUCUUUGCAAAUUCUAAGACUUACUUCAAUUUAGCUGUGGAUGAAAAGGGUCUUUGGAUUAUCUAUGCUUCAAGUGUGGAUGGCUCAAGCAUUCUUGUCGCCCAGUUGGAUGAGAGGACAUUCUCUGUGGUGCAACACAUUAAUACCACAUACCCCAAGACCAAGGCCGGUAACGCCUUCAUUGCCCAAGGGAUCCUUUAUGUCACGGACACCAAAGAUCUGAGGAUAACAUUUGCCUUUGAUUUGUUAGGAGGGAAACAGAUCAAUGCAAACUUUAAUUUAAGAACUUCCCAGUCUGUUCUUGCCAUGUUAUCCUACAAUAUGAGAGACCAGCAUUUAUAUUCAUGGGAAGAUGGUCAUUUAAUGCUUUAUCCUGUGCGGUUUUUGUCAGCUACAAUAAACCAGUGAUGAGAUGCAUUCUGUUCCCCCUUGACAAGUUUCAGAUGUUCUCUGGUACCAUGAAUAUUCCAACAUAAAACUUGUCUUUAGGGGAACCAGGUCCUUAGCUGUCAUAAUCUCAUGACAUGAGUGUUUAUAUGGUCAGGGAACCCCCUUUAAAUUCAGAUUCCUUAGAGGAAAAUAGCAACAAACUGGAGGUCAAGAGGGCUAUGAUUUGGUGAUUUCUCCACAGACUAUCUGGGCAAGUUACCCUUCUCUCUGUGAGCCUUGUUUUCCUGACUGGUAAUAUGAAAGGGCUGCCAAAGAUGACUGGCAAGAUUCCCUCCACCUGUAGGGAUUUCUGUGCUUCUCGGCUGUUACUGCUUUCACAGCUGUUACAUAUUUGGUUUGGUUUUUUGGUUUUUAGCCACAUGCUGAGCAAAUUUACCUCCGAGAUAAGCCCGAACACUUGAGCAAUGAAUUCCUUAGUAGUGACUUGUGUUCAGUGCCUUGGGAAGCUGCAUGGACCCUUUAAGGCUGUGGAGGGACCACAUUACCCAUAAUUUACUACCAUUCUCUGCGUCCGUCCGUCCGCACCAGCCACCACAGCACUGGAAUGAGCAUCAUCCUGGGCUCGCGAUUGCCGCUCCAAAGUUGAAAAAGCCAGGCACAGCUACACGCUCAGGUUUGCUAACGAAACAGAAACAGGCACUUCCAGGUUCCUAUCAGUCUCUGAUCCUGCUGUAGAUCACAAACACUGAAUCCUCACGUCACCCUGGCUGCUGCUUUCACUGCUACGCAUCUGCUAUCAACUACUAAAUAUUAUGUGAGUAGGCAUUAAUCUGGCUAGAACCAUGGGAAGCCCUUUGCAGUUUUUGGAAGAGGCACCAUUUGUGAUUAUUAUCUAGAACAGGGACGGGCAAACCAUGGCCCUUAGGCCAAAGCUAGACCAUUGCAAGUUUUUGUGCAGUUGUAUUGGAACAGGGCCACUCGCCUUUGCUUGUGUAUCAGAGUUUGUGACUACUUUUGCUCUACAGUGGCAGAAUUGAGUUGUUGCGAAAAAGUUGAGUAGGGGCCCUGCAAAGCCUAGAACAUUUACCCUUUGGCCCUUUACACCAAAAGUUUGCCAACUUCUGGGCUAUAAAGUGAGGCUGAUUGUUGGCAGGGCUUAUUCGCCAGAGGCUGUUUGUUAUGUUUUGUUUUAUUCCAGACAAAGAAAGAGUAAUAAUACGGUUUGAGUGUUUGGUCGAGGGGAAGGGUGAGAACAGCAUAAAAUGAAGUGGCCCUACCCCAAAGCGGUUAGUAAACCGCUCUUUCCCUAAUGUAGUUUCAAAGGAUGUCAUCUGAUCCCAUUGGAAGCUAGGAGAAAAAUCCAGUUUAACUUGCACCUGAAUGCCCUUAAGUAUGUAUUUUCUGCCGAUUCAGUUCUUCAGACAUCCUGCAGCCUGGUGUAUGGGCAGGGCUGCUGAGAGGAGAGAGGAAUCUGGAAAGUUACUGGGGUCCCACAGCCAGGAAGGAAGGGGACCCAGAGAAAUCUUAUGUAAAGAUUUUUUUAUCUGUUUGCCUUCACUGAAUUCGUGUGUGUGUUGGAGGAGAGCCACACACUCAGGGUUUUUCAUACUUGGGGGCCCCGAGUGUGGCCUGAUCACUUAUUUAAUGGAAGCAUUUUGAAACUUAUGGGCUAUACAUAUUUGGGUAUUUAAAUCUCCCCACCCCCUGAAAACACUUAGGCAGCUACUGGGGACUUCUUUGUUGUUGUAUUCUCAAAAUAAUGGAUAUUUGAAAGCUUUUCUUCACUUCUCUGUUAGAUUGGUUGUGUCCUGUCAGCAUAGCUUAAAAAAAAAAAUACUCUUCAGAUUCAUGUUUUGUAACAAAGUAAAAUAGUUUCAUACUUAAGAUCAAUGCAUCUAGAGAAUACUAGUCUUUUAAAGUAUUUGAAUAUAUGUGUUUCUGUUUCUGGACAUAGGGGACCUGGAUAUGAAUACAGUUUCAUAGUAAUAGUGGUAUUAGUAAUAUAUACAUCCAAUACUAAUUAUAUAUAUGGUAGCAACCAAAGAAUCUUGUUGAAUUAGCACAUAUUCCUUUCAGAA